UAAACGUUUCCCAUCUCUCUUUCCCCUCGCACUGCCCCGGUGCCAAGCGUGAUAGACUAGGGUUCCUAUCUCCGCUGCCGCCCUCCCUCUCGGACACAUAGUUCCCUUGCCGUCGGCCACCUCCCAUUGUCACCUCCUCCUACCGUUGGAUUCCGCCCCUUACAGAUGCGGAGGUACAAUUUUCGUGUGCGAGACCGCCUGGUGAAGCACGAUGGAGGCCGGCGCUGGUUGCGGGCAAGCUCACUAGGGCAGGCACAUGGGAGGCCGGUUUUGGUAACCGGAGGAGGAAGCGGUUGCGAGGCGGAGGUCGGGAGGAGUUGGGGCAGGGAGCGCACUGGAGGGAGGUAGGGAGGGAGGGAGAGGCUGGCGGCGGCGGCGAGGGAGACCACGUCGAUGUGGGGAAUUUGGGCGGCACUCAUACAGUAAGAGAAUUCAUGUGCCAGAUCACAAUUCUGUUAACUUUGAAUCAUACAUGGGUUGGACUGGAGCAUUUUAAUUUCAGCAUUAGGAAACACCAUCCGCUACCCUUUAAGAAAUUUUUCUUCUUAGUUGUUCGCUACUUAUAUGACACUACUUAUGUGACAGUCGUGUCUUUUUAGCCAUGUGCAUACUCAGUCUGAUUGAGAUACUGCUAAUCAUUAAAUUCCCAGUACUUGUGACUCAGCUUAUUUACAAUCUUCAGUUCGCAUAAUCUUCAGGACCUUUGCGUCUCUGUAAAUAUAUGUAUUGGGUUUCUGCAUCAAGUGUUUGAUUGUUUGUCUAGAUUAUUGUUCCGCAGAGUAUUAUUUUCAAGAAAUAGUUGUUCCCAGUUUUACCGAUAGUUAUUGUUGCCUUCUGGUAAAAAUGGACCAAACAGUAUCUCAACAUGAUGUCUCCACAUCAAUGAGAUCCUCCGGGUCUCCCUAUGCUUAAAACAUCUACCUGUUCAGGAUCUUUUGUUUUUUUUUUCGUUCAGGCAUGUGGAGGAAAUUUUUGCUACAAAGUGUAUCCAAUUGAGUUCUAGAGUUUUGAGGUGUGCUGUUUUUGUUCACAUGACAAUUGGGAAGACCUGACGAACCAUCAAGAUUUUGCUUUGUAACUAUAUAUGUCCAAGUAAUUGUGAUGAAUUCCUAAAAAAAGUAAAUGUGAUGAAUAGAAGGUUGCUUCCAUCUUUUCUGUUAUAUCUUGCAGGUUGUUCUCAGAGUAAUGCAGCGUUACAAGAAGUUAUGUGGUUGCAGUUCUUUUAUGAGAACAAUGGCGGUGGACCUUCAAAGUAGUGAAGGUAGAAAACUUUGCAUCUUCAUAUAGUUAUUAUAGUGAUGUAACAGAAAGAAUUCCUUUAUUUCUCCUGAUUGUAACUUAUGAUUGUAUCGCUCCAAUAAUGUUAAUCUUAUAUAUGGAACUAAUGUUAAGUUUAUUUCUGGUGGUCUCUUUGAGUUAGCUUGCGUUUUAUGUUCCGACUAUACAAAAUGACUAAAAAGUUACAUGCCUCAGCGAAAAUCGGCGCAGCGAAGCACGCGUUAGCUUCUAGUCACCAAUGAUGUUUCAACUCAAAAACAUGUCUGAGUUGGUCAUUUUAAUUGUAUUGUCUUGUCAUUGAUCAUCAAAAUCUGAUUCCAAAAAAAAAAUCAUCAAAAUCUGACAGUGAGCACGGCUCGAUCGUAAUCCCAUUUACGUUAUAAAGCUCUCAAUUUCCCACGCAAAAGAAAAUUUUAAAAGUAAAGCUCCCAAUUUCUAGAAAAAAUUACUACUCCAUUCUCCAUCCUCCAAACAAGAGCGCCAUUCCAACCUCCAGUUUAGUCUAAGCCAUGACCUCGCAGCAGUCACCGUCGCCGGCGGAGGCGAAGUCACCGCGACCACCCGCACCCACCACCGUAAUCGCCCUCGACGAUGAUCUCCUCCGCGAGAUCUUCCUCCGCCUCCACUCCCUACCGACCCUUGUCCGUGCCGCCCUCAGCUGCCGCACCUUUUUCCACGCCGUCCGGUCGUCCCCCGCCUUCCGCCGCAGCUUCCGGGAGGCCCGCCCACCACCUCUCCUCGGCCUCUUCUUCGACCCCGACGGGCCCUCCAUCCCCGCCUUCGCACCCCUCCGCCGCCGCUCCGACCCUGACCUCGCCGCCGUCGUCCGCGGCGCCGAUUUCUUCCUCACCCACCUCCCCGACGACGACGACGACGCCGCCGCCUUACCGGAGUGGGUCAUAUACGACUGCCGCGACGGCUACAUCCUCCUCGAACACGGAAGCCUGGAGCAGUACGCCGUCUACAACCCCCUCACACGGGCCCUGGAUCUCAUCCCCCAGCCGCCCGACGAGAUCUUCGACGACCAGAAUGGCGACGCCUCCUGUCUUGGGUGCUACAUACUCUCCUCCCAAGAGGGCGGCGAACCGCUGCGCCUGGUCUACACCUGUCACGUCGAGUCGCGGGCGCGUGCCGCGGUCUUCUCAUCAGAAAGCAGGGAGUGGCAGAUCCUCCCGUGGUCGGAGCCUGUGACGCCACUGCCUGAGGACGAACACUGGCUUAAGGUUGGCUCAAUGGUGAAUGAGCUCGUCUACUGGAUACACAAAAAUCAAGCCUACAUCCUUGUGCUGAACACUGUGACACUGCAAUUCUCCCAGAUGGAUGUGCCGCCAAAUUUGGUGGAUCAAGAUUUAAUGUUUAAGGUUGGUGAGACCAAGGAUGGAAGGCCUUGCAUUGUCUGCCCGAUUGAUUUUGAACUUCAUGCUUGGGUCUGGCGAGCCGGUCAGGAUGGAAUUGAGACAUGGAUAUUCGACAAGAAGUUUCCCUUGGAGACGAUUGUCGAGGUCACUGAGGGCACAUUUGAGGAACAUUGUGAACUGAAGGUUUUGGCCAUCAUUGGUGGAUUUGUGUACUUCUGUACCAUGGAUAUGUUGCGUGAUGCUAUUUAUCCUUGUUGGUUCCUGUCUCUAUGCAUGGAGACAGGGGAGCUGGGCACGCUCUUUCGGAGGAGAUUUGACGGCCAUGCCUACCCCUACAUCAUGGCAUGGCCUCCUUCUUUGAUAGACAACAAGGUGAACCCUCAACUCGAAGGUGCUUGACAAAAUGUGGACAAGGUACCCUGACAUUUCCUUCGUUUGGCCACCAGAUGGUAUUAUCUAGUAAUGAUAUCUCCAGGGUGACAAUAAAAAAAUGGGCAUUUUUAUUUGAGACACGGGUAAAUUGGAAUAUAUAUAUUUUGUAGCAUUCGCCAAAUGCUUGCUUAUGUUUUUAUUUUUCAUUUGAUACUUAUUUGUAUGUAUCAUGCCAAGGUCCAGCAGUACUAAGUUUGGUAGUACUGCUGGAUCUCAUCUAGUAUAAAUGUUAAGUCCCUUCACUUA